AUGAGGCAAAGGAUAGUUCUGAAGAUUGAUAUGAGCGAGAAUGAGAAAGCAAUAAAGAAAGCUAUGAAACUCGCGUCAGGAGCAUCAGGUGUGAGAUCUGUCGGGAUUCAGGGACAGAACGAUCAGUUGGUUGUUGUGGGAGCGGGAAUUGACACGGCCGAGCUAACACGUCUGCUCCGGAAGAAAGUUUGUCCCACCACGUCCAUCGUCACCGUUCAGGCAGCACCGCCUCCACGGCCCCAGCAGCAGCAGCAGCAACCGCAGUUUCAUCUAAUGGAACAUCACAACGAGAUGGCUCCGGCUAGAAGAUGCAUAUGCGAGAUACCGAAUUCGGGUUUCUGCGGGUUUUGUAGACUACCCCCUUACCAGAUGGUAGCUCUGCCAUAUCCAGCUCCCGUGGUCUACCGUGAAGAAUCUGAUGGUUGCAGAAUCAUGUGA